AUGACCAGAAGUGGGAAAACCGCUCGCAGCGUCUCGUCUACGGGCGACGAUGACUUUUUCAUGGUGACGGAACCGGAACCAGAGUCUCAGGCGACUUUCGAACUCCCAAUUCGGGCCAAUCCGACCAGCAAUACCCAGCAUGGUAUCUCCGUUGAGGUUCAAGCUUUGCAGCAGAGCAAUCACCUUACGGUUUCGAUUCAACCACCUAAGCAACCAGAACAAGAUCUAGAACGAGCCCCCUGCGAUAUCGUUUUGGUCAUCGACGUCUCUGGCAGCAUGAACGACGCAGCGCCUCAGCCUGAUGUGAAAGAUCCGAUUGAGAGCCAAGCUGCAGGUCUCAGUGUCCUGGAUCUCGCGAAACACGCAGCCCGAACCGUUCUUGAGACACUCAAAGCCGAUGACAGACUUGCAAUCGUCACCUUCAGCCACGAUGCAACGAUCGUUCAAGGCCUCCUCCCCAUGACUCACGACCACAAACGAGACACUGCAAAGCGCAUCACCUCGAUCCGUACUGGAAGCUAUACGAAUCUGUGGGCCGGAAUUCGGGCUGGUCUCAAAGUCUUCGAGAAGACUAAACAUGUCGGCAACUUCCAAGGUCUGUACGUCCUGACUGACGGAAUGCCAAACCACAUGUGUCCGCAGCAAGGCUACGUGGCGAAACUCGGACCCAUGUUGUCGUCGUUGAGCACAAAGAUACCCACUGUUCCCACCAUUCACACCUUCGGCUUUGGCUACGGUAUUAGGUCAGCUCUUAUGCAGUCAAUCGCAGAAAUCGGCAAUGGAAGCUACAGCUUCAUCCCCGACGUCGGUAUGAUUGGCACGGUCUUUGUCCACGCGGUGGCCAAUCUCUUCACAACCUUCGCGACGUCUGCCAUGGUCGAAGUCACCGUCCCCGACAACAUGGCCGUCGAGAGCAUUGGACUUCAAGACUUUGUAAUCCCCAACAGCACUGGCACGUCGUACGCCUUGCGUCUGGGAAACAUCCACUACGGGCAGACCCGCGACCUCGUCUUCGCUCAGAGUGGCCACGGUGCACUUCCCCAGGGCAAGCCUAUCUCAGUCACACUCAAGUACAAGCUGUCGACCGGCGUCGAGUACAGCAUCGACUCGGGCCUGACCCUCUCGUCCGCAACUCCCGGUCUUGACCGGCGCACGUCAGAAUACCGCCUUUUCCGCGCCCGCAUGUGUGCUCUUCUCUGCACACUGUUCCCACUCAAGCAGAACGGCGAACACGGCCACAUCAUUGAGCCCGAGAAGCUAGACAACGCCGGGAUGAGUCUGAGCGCUCUCGCAAGAGACAUCCGCGCGGCCUUAGCCAACGGUAACGGCGCCGACGAACGUCUGUCUUCGAUCUUGCAGGAUCUCGAGGGAGACGAGCCAGCCGGCCAAGUCACCAAAGCCCUCACCAACUCACCGCGACGACCGUACUGGACCAGAUGGGGACACCGAUACCUGCCGAGCUUUUUGCAUGCGCACCAGCGCCAACUUUGCAACACGUUCAAAGACCCCGGCCCGCUCGUGUAUAGCACGACGAGCCCAUUGUUCAUCAAGUACCGCCGUGAACUCGACAGCGCUUUUGACAACCUGCCCCCGCCCCAGCCUAGCCGUCCGGAGCGCGUGGUGCCAGUGUACGACGAGCACGGAGAGAUGACCGGGACAAGAAGCGUGCCACACUCACGCGUCGCGAGCAUGCGGACCUGGAACAAGAGCGACACCCCGUGCUUUCCCGGCCACUGUCAGGUCAAACUGGGCGGGCCCGAGGACGGAGACAUGAAAGCGUGGGACGUGGUGCCGGGCACGACAGUCUGGACGCCGGUCGGGCCGAGAAAGGUGCACUCCGUCGUCAAGACCGAACUCGUCGAGCCUGUGGCCAUAUGCAAAUUCGCCGGGGGCCUCCAGAUCACCGAGUGGCACCCUCUCCUGCACGAGGGGACUUGGGUGUUUCCACACGACGUGGCCACGUUCACGACUCACACCAAGGACAACGUGUAUUCGUUCUUACUUGAGCCUGACGACAACCCUGACGCCCACGCCGUCAAGGUCCGCGGCCGCAUCUGCGUCACGUUGGGACACGGCGUUGUGGGAGGCGGAAGCGGAGACGAUGACGGUGAUGACAACGGCAGAGUCGACGCCAGAUCUCAUCCGUUCUUCGGCGACUGGGACAAAGUCUCGACCAGCUUGGACAAACUCAACAAGGACGAAGGUGGACGGUGCGUGUGCGCUGGACUGGAGAGAGACGACUUGACUGGACUUGCUUGUGGAUUCACCGGCCCGACAGAGCCUGAGGGUCUCGAAGGACAGGCAGAGGCCGAGGACACGGUUGGAUGA